CUGGAACACUGAAUUUGGGGAAGAACCUGCAGGGUGAUCAAGUCUCGCUCUCGCGGACCUGGGCCAUGCCCGACACACACUGAGGAGGGCCAUUGCUCUGGCUGCGGGAGGGAGAGGAGGGAGAGGCGCAAGUCACUUUGGCCAUGGGCAACUUCCAGCUGGAAGACUUUGUGGCAGGCUGGAUCGGAGGUGCAGCCGGUGUCAUUGUUGGCUACCCUCUGGACACAGUCAAGACUCGCCUGCAGGCUGGUGUUGGCUACGGGAACACAUUUAGUUGCAUCCGCAUGGUGUACGAGAAGGAGCGUGUGUUUGGCUUCUUCAAGGGCAUGUCCUUUCCCGUGGCCAGCAUUGCUGUCUACAACUCGGUGGUGUUUGGGGUCUUCAGUAAUACGGAACGGUUCCUCAGCCGGCACCGCUAUGGGGAGCCUGAGGCUGGCCCUGGCCGAAGCCUGUCUGACCUACUCCUGGCAAGCAUGAUGGCUGGAAUGGUCUCCGUAGGGCUGGGCGGUCCUGCGGAACUCAUCAAGAUCCGACUGCAGAUGCAAACACAGCCUUUUCGGGAAGCCAACCAUGGAUUGAAGCCCAGGGCAGUGGCCCUAGGGGAGCAGGCAGCGUACCAGGGACCAAUACACUGCUUUGCAACUAUUGUGCGGACGGAGGGCCUGGCGGGUCUGUACCGGGGAUCCAGUGCCAUGCUGCUGAGGGACGUCCCCGGAUAUUGCCUCUACUUUAUUCCCUAUGUGUUCCUGAGCGAAUGGAUGACUCCUGAGACCUGCACAGGGCCCAGCCCCUAUGCCGUGUGGCUGGCAGGUGGCAUUGCAGGGGCAAUCUCCUGGGGGACAGCAACUCCGAUGGAUGUCGUGAAAAGUCGGCUCCAGGCUGAUGGGGUCUAUUUAAACAAAUACAAUGGAGUCCUGGACUGCAUCUCCCAGAGUUACCGGCAAGAAGGCUUGAAGGUGUUUUUCAGGGGCCUCCCUGUGAAUGCCAUUCGUGGCUUUCCCACGAGCGCGGCCCUGUUCCUCGGGUAUGAGCUCUCCCUGAAGGCACUCCGAGGCGACCACACUGUGACAAGCCCAUGAAUGUAAGGGCAGACCAGGCUUCAUCCUACUGCAGGUUGGUGCUGACAAUACCUGUAGAACCAGCAGCAGUGAGUUAUUGGAACGAAGGAAGACCCAGCCAUCCCAGUUCUAUGCCAGGUGGGCCACAGCCAUCCUACUGAGCUCAGAGUCACUUCCUUCAGGAUUACAGGCUCUCUGUUUCUCUCUCCAGCCCAGAGUGCUGGUAGGAAGCAGCAUACCAUGGACCAAACAGUCACCAUCUUUUUUUCCGCUUGGGAUUAAAACCUGUGAAAAUCUGGGGCAAAGCACCUGUGCCCCUGGAUGUUGAAAAUUCAGCCAAGAUACGGGGAGAAACUCAAGUUGGCUCCAUGAUUCCAAAUAAAAGCACCAACUGUC